AGUGCGCGUGGUUCCGUUGCAGGCUUUGACAGCAGGUCCGUUUUUCACCUCUUUGCUUUCUUUAUUCCACCCUGCCUCGCUCUUUCUUUCCCUAUUUAAAACGCCUGCAGCCUGCCGUGCGCGUGUAUUUAUUUAUUUAUGCAUCUUAUUUGACAGUAUUUCGGCCUUCUGACAUUUUAGUCGCUCCUCAAAUGAGAAGACGUAAAAGAUGGAGCUUCAUAUUUUAGAGCACAGCUUGAAAGUGGCGAGUAUAGAGAAAGAGGGGAUCCAGAUUUGCACUCACGGAUUAAUAAAACUCGCUUUCUUGGCCUCCAAAACAAGAUGCAAGUUUUUCAGUCUGACAGAGACUCCGGAGGACUACACCAUAAUCGUCGAUGAGGAAGGCUUUAAAGAGCUGCCCCAGUCAGAGCACAUCAGUGUUGCUGAUGCCACAUGGUUGGCCCUUAACGUGGUGUCAGGGGGCGGCAACGCCUCCAACUCGCAACCCAUCGGAGUCACCAAAAUCGCUAAAUCGGUCAUUGCGCCGCUGGCCGACCACAACAUCUCUGUAUUCAUGCUGUCAACGUAUCAGACGGACUUCAUUCUGGUUCGAGAGCGAGACCUGCCGAUGGUCAUGCACACGCUGUCUUCCGAAUUCACUUUGCUUCGGGUGGUCAAUGGAGAGACGGUUGCUGCUCACGAUCUGGGGGUCAGCAACGGCUUUGUGAAGCCUAAACUUGUGCCCCGUCCCAUCAUUCAUCCCUUAUCUAGUCCCAGCAACAUGUUCUGUGUGACCAGCCUGGACCCAGACACACUGCCCUCUGUAGCCACCUUGCUCAUGGAUGUCAUGUUUUACUCUGGAGGGCCGAAGGAGCCCGGCGCAUCCAGCGAGGACUCCAGCCACAUCCGCUUCUUCUCCUUCUCCCUGAUCGAGGGCUACAUCUCUCUGGUCAUGGACGAACAGACAACUCAAAGGUUUCCAAACAACGUCCUCUUCACCAGUGCUUCUGGUGAGCUUUGGAAAAUGGUUCGCAUCGGAGGACAACCUUUAGGAUUUGAUGAGUGCGGCAUCGUGGCUCAAAUAUCAGAACCCCUGGCAACGGCUGACAUUCCAGCUUACUACAUUAGUACCUUCAAGUUUGACCACGCCCUGGUUCCCGAAGAAAACAUCCAAAGUGUGAUCGGAGCUCUGCGGACCAAGAGCACGGCACAGUGAAGGAAGCCGGAGGAAAAACAAUGACCGUUUUCAAAGUCAUUUCAUUCAAACGUUUAUCAUGUCCAAAAAGUGCCAAGAGCUUAUUUAGCGGACUACUGUGGAUCGGCUCUGAAAGGAAGGGAUGUAACCACGAAGCGUGGGUGGAGUACGGGGGGGGGGGAGUGUGACGGUGUGUUAGGGAUGCCUUUGUUACUUGAUCAUUUUCUUUGCCCCCACCCCUCCUUCCUUCCCCUGGCACUCGAGACCCUCCACUGCCUGCUCUGGUAGUUGUUGCUUUAGUUUACCAGACUGAAUAUGUUUCUUUUCCUCUCUAAAGCUGCUUCUUCCCACUCCCUGACCCUCAUGAGCACCAUACUGUAUUAGUUACAUAAUUCCUCUAGUGGAAGAAUGACGAAUGUACUCUCAAAAACAAAAUAUAUAAAAGCUCUCCAUAUUUUUAUUUUAUUUUCCACAGUUCAUUUCUCAGUGCCAAGAUGUUUGAAUGCCUAAACUGAUGCCUUUGUCAAAAUACUAUACAUGUGUGCAAUUGUAGGAGACAAUUCUUUGAGACCGCCAGCGAUGACGCAGCACCUGAUUGAGUUAUAUGGUGUUUUUCUGUUGUUGUUUUUUGCUUUUAGCAGCUGUUGAACAUCUUUUAAUUAGAGCAAUGAUCUGACUGUCGGAGUCCAUUGUUAUAUUCAGACGCUUGAUCUGGUGGAACAUGAAGUGAAUCCAACAUCUCGAUGAGGAGAUGAUCAUUCAAGUGUUUUAAAAAGUCACAAGCAUUCACACUGUGAGCAACCUGGUUGAUGGGUCACUGGAAAUUAGCAGAAUUCAUCGACAUAUUUAACAUAAUUUAACAGAUUCUUUGGCUCGCAAGCACAAUUUAUGUGGCAUUUAAGGCUUCAGAGUAGCUCUUGAGAAUCACAAGUUUAUAUAUUGCUAAACUGAAAUUCAGCAACAAUAACUUUGAUAUUUGGAUAAUAAUUGCAAUGGUUCCUUUUCUCAGUUUUAUACUAUAAGCUGAACACCUUUGGAUUUUUUAGUGGUCAAACUACACUAAAUAUAUUUGCCUCUGGUAGCUUAUUUUUUCGAGACAUUCAAAGUCUCCAGAGGAGGAAUCACACUGACGUUUAUGAUCCCUGACUUUUCAUGUAGCACCACCAGCAGGUCAAAGUGGAUCACAUAUUCAAAAAUAUCUCAACAUCUAGGUAUUGGCACAAAAUUUGCUGCAGACACUCCACGACAAUGUGUCCUAAUAGCGCCAUCAUCAGGACAGAAUUUGAAUUUAUCAACCAAAUACCUUCAAAACUAAUAAAGUCUGGGGCGUUGGUGGCUUAGUGGUAGAGCAGGCGCCUCAUGUACAAGGCUGUUGCCGCAGGGGCCCGGGCUCAACUCCAGCCUGUGGCCCUCUGCUGCAGCCCCAGACCAUUUAUGUUAUGCUAAUGCUUUCUAUCGAUAGGUAGGAACUGCCCAUUGGUUCGACAGCCCAUUGUUCUGACCACAUUAAACUCAUUGUUCCGAAGUCUGUUCCGAAAUCAUCAUGAUGCCCUGUGGUUAAGGUCUGGUUAGGUUUAGGCACAAAAACCACUUGGUUAGGGUCAGGAAAAGAUCACGGUGUGGGUUAAAGAAAGUGACAAACACAUAAGCCGUGAGCCUGCUCCACCUCAAGCCGGUCGCGGCACACCAUACGCCCGCCGCAAGCCGUUCAGCACCGCGGACAGUCAGACUAAUGGGCUGUCGAACCAAUGACAUGGACCCUCGAUAGGUACGAUACAAAAUGUUGCUUAUAAAAAGAGUCUAGAAUCCAUUUCUGAAUUCAGAUGCAGACAUUAGCAUUUAAAAAUCCAAUAGGUUUCAGUUGGCAGUCGAUAAAUACCAGUUUUCAGGCAUCAGAGCUUCAUUGAGAAAUAUCUGCAGUUAAUCAAAGCUUCAACAGGUGGGAGGUGGGUGGAUGAGAGACAAGGACAUGUGUUGGACAUAUUUGAAUCAGUAGUUUUCAGUUGAAAUUACUGCACCUAAAAUAAUUUUGUCAGCACGCAGGUCACAGUAAUAUCAGCCGUAACUUUUGAAACUAUUGCAGACACUUGACUUUUUUAACAUCUUGCUAGAGUAUCUGUGAGCCUGACACGUGGUCAAAGUGUCCCAGUUUCAGUAGUGCUGGACUGUUGGUGACUGAUGUAAGAUGAGAGCAAGACACAAAACUAUCACAAAGUUUAAGUGUCCUUGUCUGAGGAUAACUAAUUUUGAUUUACGUUAAUGCAUAAUGACAUGCAGCGAUUAACCUGGAAACGAUUGAAACAUUGGGGUCAGCCUGUACAUACAUACAUUUGAUUAUUACACUUAUUUACUUUCUCUCUGAGAGUUAGAGGAGAGGAUCGUCACCAUUCUCUUCUCUGUGCGUUCCGUAAGGCGCUGGAGCUACGAGGCAGUUAGCUUAGCUUAGCAUAAAGACUGGGAACAGGGGAAACAGUUAGCCUGGCUCUGUCCAAAGUUUACACGUUACCAAUUAACAUAGGUGGGGCAAAGUUACAGUUAAGUCUCAACUUUUGGCACUCAAGUCCCAAGUGAAGACUGACCUGUCUCAAGUCAAGUCCCAAACUUUGAGUUUUGAGUCCUAAACAAGUCAUAUGGUGCUCUUCACCAAAUGUAAUGCCAUUUUAACAUCAGAGUAAUGAUAUAUACUAAAUUUACAAAACUCAUGAAUGCUUUUUAAAAUUUGUAUUUGUUAAAACAACAAGAAAAUAGUGCUGACUUAGAAUACAGCACUAUUAACCAUUGUAUUUUGUCUUGUAUUUAGCUCAUAUCAUAUUGGAAAAAUGUCCAUAAUUUCCCACAUUGGUUUGGGGGAAGGUAUUGAGUAUUUUUAAGUUAAAGUCUCAGGUCCAAGUGACGAGUCGAGGUGUAUAAGUCCAAGUUGAGGUGCAAAUCUCUUUUGAUUUUGUCAAGUUGAGUCCAAAGUCAUGAAAUUUCUGACAUGAGUCAAAACCUCUGCAAAAUAACAUGCUGUAUCUUGUUUGUUUAAUCAGAAAAUAUCAGAAAAGUCAAAAAAUCAACAAGUUGUAGUUUUGUUCUCUACUGUAUAUUUGAUCGUUUUCUGGUCCCUUCCGAUGACUCAACAAUCACGUUGCUCACAGUGUGAAGCUGCAAUAAGACCUGCUAAAAAUGCAAUGAUAAAAAAUGUUUGCAUCUACAGAAGUAAUAAAUUACUGAGCCACUUUGACAAUGUACAAUAAAAAUAAUGACAUAAACAUAAGCUAUGGUUCACACAGGGAAGGAGCCCUGGUGUCCAUGUAGGUGUUGAAGCUGCCCCUCCCCUGCCCCAGUCUGCACUUUAAUGCAGGUUCCACCCCCACAGGCCUGCUGUACUGAUGUGAAAACGGGGGAGGGCUAUUUACUGUAGAGAGAUCCUGUCCAGGAGAUUUCUGUUGGUCUUAAACAUUUGGUGAUUAUGUUUUUCUUUCUUAUUUGUUGUUUUCACGCCACCUUGCACCUAACAACAGCCUCUCUUCUGAUCAGAUGUGAUUAGUAGACACCCUGUAUUUAUCAGUGUUAAAACAGGAGGAAGGUGACAUUUCUUCUUAAUCCAUUUCAAAGAAAAAAAGUUGAAAGCUUUUCAUUUGGAGCUUCUUGUGUGGAAAAAAUAAACAAGCUUUUCUUUGUUUUUGGAGCUUGUUGCGUGUUCAGUUUUCAUCAAUGUGUCAUUAUUACUGUCCUUGCUUAUCCCCGGGGAUUGUCCUCUCACUGUCAUAUGUUCCCAAUGUGUACUUUAAUCAAUAAACUGGUGACAUCUCUGCCCAAA